AUGAAAAGUGCUUUAUCAGCUAUAUUAUUAAAUCGUAUGGGUGAUACUUUCUUUGUUAUUUGUUUAGGAUGUAUGUUAUCUUUAUUUCAUGCUGUUGAUUUUGAUACUAUUGAAUUGUUAACUCCUCAUAUUAAUACUUCUAUUUUAAAUAUUUUAGCAUUAUUAUUAUUAUUAGCAGCUACAGCUAAAAGUGCACAAUUAGGUUUACAUGGUUGA